UGGUUGGUGUGGGUUCUUGUGCUCUCUCUCUUCUUCUCUAUCCGAAACCGAAACUCGGGGAAUUGGUUUGGUUUCCCUUCGCCUUUCAACAAACUUUAUGGUGAAACUAGACUCAAUUCAAGAACACGAGACGACGAUGGUUUUACAGAAACUUGUGCACAUUUCCAUUUUCAUUGCCUUUUCUCGCACCUGAUCCCACACUGGCAGUGUUUGGGUGAAAAUCUCUCUCCGUGAAAGGAGGAAAAGUCGACUGCAUACAUACAUAUACGGGAAUAAAAAGUGAGUCGAGUUCAGUGCAAGUUUUGCCAUCAUCAUUGUCGCAACGACGCCGGGAAGAAUACCUUAGGAAUUGAAUAACAAAGACAGACAAUACCCACGUACAUGUGAAUAAAUACAUAAAAUAAUAGAGCGGGAUGAAACCUCUUUUUUACCCAGUUUACAUACAUGCCUUGAACCCGGAGGCAUUUAUCCUGGCACUGGUGUGAUCACGGAGGUAAGGGGACGAAAGCAGAGGGUUUACUGUACAUAUCUCAGAAUAUGAGGAACUAGUCAGGUAGGCAGGCAGGUAGGCAAGUACAUAGGUGCAUACCACCCCAAAAAACCUUAUUGCAUUAUACCCAGCCACUGGUACCAGCAUAACGAUGAGGUAAAAAGUUGUUAUAAAUGUAAAAUGUGACUGAGGAGUGAAGGUGUAUCAACCCUUUCGAAGUAUAUGCAUAUAAGUAGGCACUGGCGACGGUAAAACAUGCACCAUGUCAUACAAAGUGUACUCGCAUUCUUAAAUUUUACGAUUUACAUGUGCACCAUGAAGGUUUGACAAGGACUGUAAAAUGCAAUCUCAUCCUAGAUGCAAACCCCUACCAAAAUUAUCUUUAAUCACGGAACCAUCAUCAUCCCUAUCCACGUUAGAGCUUGAUUCAGUCGGAGGUAGCUAGACCGACGAAUAACAUAGCAGAAAUAGCAGUGGGUUCUUCAGAUCAACAUUAUUGUUGGAGAUUAAGAAGACCAAGACGAGAUUAAACAUUGAAGUUUUUUUAGCCAAUACUUGAAAUCAACACUACACGUUCCCACGUUCUGCGAGUACCAAAUAAAUAAAUAAAUAGCAAUGAGUCAGUCAUAACCUCGUCGUAGAAAUCGUCCAUGCAAAACUUGGAACAGUUCUAGGAAGCGAAAAUAAUGUGACGACAACAUAACGCGAUUGACCAAAAUGAUCGCAUAAUUUUGGAAAUCGAUACAUAAUCCGGAAAGAAAAAAAGCCCAAUAACUUAUUUGAAUUGAACUGGUCCCAAAAAUAAAAAAAAGUCCCAGCCAGCCAGCCAACCAACAAACAACCGAGUAUGUCGGAUAUUAGGAUGUGGAUACUCUACACACACUUAUCUGAACAUUUAGUUUAGGAGGCUGCUGUGUCGUUGUGAGUGACCCUGUUGGCUGGGUGCCACAGCACCAUGCCAUGGAUGGAACACAAGAAGAAGAAGUCUAUGUCUGUUCCAGAUCGAAAAUGACGAAUCGCUAUGAAUUCGAUCCGAUUAAAAAGUGUCAAGUUCGUCAUUGACGUCACCAUCAGUGGAGAGAGAGGAAGGAAAAAAGCGAUUCGAUAAUAUUGCCAAUUCGCAAUAUAAUCUCGAUUGGAUUCAUUAUUCGAUUGGAUUGGGCAACUUAAAGAAGAUGUCUGCGAGAAAAGUGUCGAGGUGUUUUACGUAAAAGAGAAAAAGUCAGGAUUCAAAAUUUUGUGUAAAAAUUCAAGCCAUAACUUUGCGUGACUGUUACAUGGCACAGAAAAAUUUUAACCUUAAUUCACAAUUCAUUCAGACUGCACAGUUUUCAUCAAUGCACAAGAGAAACAAGUAGGAUAAAAUAGUGCACAUUGUAGUGCAGUCUCUCUCUAUUGUGAUGAUGAUGUGACUCAACAAAACGCACACGAACUUGACAUGCAACCUGGCAAAAUUUAGUUGCAAAUUUGCAAAAACUAUUAUAUCAUCAAGUGUUUUGCAAAUGCCUGAGGAAUAAUUACUACAUUCAUUCAACAGAAGGAGAGCAAAGGUGAUUCGUCGUCGUCGCCACUCAACCAACAUAUUUAGUCGAAUUGAUUGAAAUAAAAUAUUGUGAGAAUUGGAAAUGUGUGUGACUAACCGACAACAUCAGUCGGACCACAGCAAACCGCACUACUCAAUAAUCUGAUACUGUAGAAGAGUGAGUGACACUGUCGACUCGAGCCUAUAUUCCUAAAUAAAAGUGGUACAUAUGUAUGUAUUUUGUUGGUCACAGUUAGUAAAGUGGUCACCCAAUACUAACAAAAGAAUGAGUCAUUCUUUGAUGGCAACUAGUUGACAUCAAAUCUAUCCGCAAAGCAGUAAUCGAUCCGCAAACUCGGGCUAGUGUUGACACGCUCCGUCUUGAAAUGUGACAAUAUUUUGUCUCGGAACGUGAUAAAUUAGUCAUUUUGGAGAUAUAGUGAGCAUUGCCAAUCAAUAAUCAAUCAAUACAAUACAACAAAGGAGUCAAGAUGCCAUCACGAAAUAGCGGAGGUCGGGGGCACCAGUACAAUCUGGUGCAAAGUGACGAUCUGGACACGAGAGUGCCUCUAGUGCCUGAUGAAGCCUUCCAACAAGGGAUCCAGUUUAAUUGCAAGUUUAUUGGUUCAAUGGACAUUCCUCGUCCGGCAAGCCGUGUUGAAAUUGUGGCCGCUAUGCGCCGUGUUCGGUUUGAGUUCAAACAAAAGGGGAUAAAAAAGAAAAAGGUGACGGUGACAGUGAGUGUAAACGGGAUCAAAACCACAUUGCGGAAAAGAAAGACGAAAAAGAGACGCAUCGGGCGGAACAAGGACGUAUACGUCGACGUCGACAACAGCAUCUUAAUCGAAAGCCAUCCAAUUUAUCGCAUCUUUUAUGUGUCUCAUGAUUCCCAAGAUGUCAAAAUAUUUGCGUACAUUGCCAGAGAAACUUCGACAAAUGUGUUCCACUGUUGCGUCUUCAAAGCUACGAAAAAGGCACAAGCAAUGCGCAUUGUGCGAACGGUUGGUCAAGCUUUUGAAGUUUGUCAUAAACUUGUCGGAGCUCCAGACGAGGAUAACAACGUGGAAGAUGUUUACCCAGAGAAAAAGGAGGAAUUAGAUUCUGUUCCAUCCUCCCCGAUAAAAAGGGGUGGCUCGGUCGAAGACAAAACAACAUCGUCGUCAUCUCGUGCACAUAAAUUGUUUUCCAAACUCGGUGGUCGACGCACGACGCCGAGUGAAUUAUCAACAGACAAGGAAAAUGAGACACAACAACAACAGCAACAGCAGCUACAAAAGAUGAAAAUAAUACAAGAAGUAGUUCCAGCCAAACCAAAUAAUACGAAUAACAACAACAAUCAUCACAACCAAUCGAACGAAGAGAAAGUUGAUGAAAUAAGCAAUAAUUUAAUGAAGGAGACUGAUCCCUCAAAGAAAAGACCGGGUGACCUUAACCUCACUCAGAGCAAUAGGGAACAGGAAGACUUGGUCAACUUGUCCACCCCUGUGACACCCACGCUGAAGAAUCUUCCCAGUCCGACGAGACGUCCGGGUGGUGGUGUCUUCCAGUUUGGGUCACAAAAUGAAGUUUGGCUUUCACAGCAAAAUAGCAAUAAUUCUUCUAUGGCGGCCGUUCAUGAAGCCCAUUUACUCAGAGAAAAAUUGGAACAACAGCAGCAGCAAACACAAGCAGCCUUGGCGCAAAUCAAUUUGCUAAGGGAUCAGUUAGCGGCGGAGAGUUCGGCUCGAAUAGAGGCGCAGGCGAGAACGCAUCAACUCCUCCUUCACAAUAAGGAGCUACUUGAUCAUUUGCAAAGCCUCGUUCGUCAUAUUCAGGAGUUGGAGGGGAGAAUCCAUCAAAAUACGAGUGGAUCGUCGUUAAAUAACUCUCCAGCACCGGCACUUCCUCAGGUAUCACCCCCUGGAAGUCAUCACAAUCCGCACCACCACCACCAACAGCACAGCUUCUUCUCCCCAAGUUACCCACCGCCACACCCAACAUCGUCGCCCUCUCCUCCCAUAUCAUUCCAAGAAAUUGAAACCCUUCGUCGACAGAAUUCUGCCCUAUUGGAAACCAUUCUUUAUGAGCAGAAUGCCCGAAACUUUUUCAACUAUGCUGCUGCAGCAUCCGUACCAAAUUCUGCAGCUGCGACUCCAUCAGCACUACGUCUCGCCUCAGCCACUUCACCGUUCCACCACCACUUUGCCCACAGCUACUUUCCCCCACCACCCACGGGGCUGGUAGUUGGAAAUCCGGGACUUGGCCUUGGCCAUCAGAUGCCACCGGAUCAUUUCGCCACCAUAUUCACUUCCCGAGGAGAUCCGGUCGACUCGGAGGGACGACUAAUUAUCCAACCGCUCCAAGAAGACGUUUUCCCUGGUGGGAGUAAUGCUAUGAAUAAAUCAUUCUUGUCCCUUCCUACUCCGAAAUCGCCACCGAAACUGGGAGCCAUUGGGCGGAAUGCGAGUGCAGAUGAGGCACGGGAUCAGGAAGACGAAGAUACAUCGACCCAGCUUCGAAGGCAACAUCAGGGAGCUUUGGGACGCUCUGUCAGUGAAAAGAUUGGACAUCGAAGUGAACUCAUGAGCCAAGUUCAGAGAACAGCUUGGGCCAGACAUACCACGAAAUGAGGGGUAGAUGGGACUAUUUGUGGAAUUGCAUACAUAUUACGAAGAAGUUAAGCUAGGCGUUUUUUGUACCGGGAUGUAUAAUUCGAUAAAAGAAGACGCAUAUAUAUGUAUUUAUUAUCAAAUUGUCGUUUUUAUGUACGUACAUACUAUUUAUUUACAAUAGACGAAUACUGUGCUAGUCCAAACCAUAGAAAGACCUUAUUACUGUUUUACCUGGUAUUACACCGUUGUUACCUGUGUUGUUACGAAGUGAAAAUCACUUAUCUGGUGCUUCCUUCCACGAGUCCGUGACUUUGUUAAUACAAAUAUGCAAACGUAAAAAUAGCAUAUUUAACUAUUUUUGAGGAAAACGGAUGAUUUACUAUUUCAGUCCUGCACUGAUUGCAGUAUUCAAUCAUAUACAUUUUUAUUAACUAAAAAAUAUUAAGUACAUAAUUGUUCUGUCUAAUGUGGAAAUCUGUAGAAAACUAGUCCAUGAAAUUGUGGUACAUAUCUAGUCUCUAAAUAUACAUAAACCGUUUAUAAUCCAGUCACCAGUAUGCAUACAUAUAUUUAAUAAGUCAUAAGAAAAUACUUUAUAAUAUACGAUACUUCUCGUAAAGGACGUUGAACGUUUUUACAUAAAAUGAAUAAAAUUAUCUUUUAUAAUUUGAAAUAUGUCGUUAAAAAUGUGAUCAAACGAAGAAUAUUACGAUCAAAAGACUUUUUCUGUGUAAUAUCUACAUACACAUUUAUAGUCAGUAGUAUUUAUUAAGUGCGUACCUACACAACAAUUUAAUAAUUCAAUAAAAUGACAUUUCAGACAUUUUUAUAAAACGA